AAAUUCCAUGGGCCAAACCUCUCUCUUCACAGCUGCGUUACUAGAUCUUGGUAAAAUAGUGGAGGUGCUGUUGGAUUAUGGCUCAGAUGCUAACCAUCGCUGCUACGAUGGAAGCACCCCAGUCCAUGCAGCUGUGUUCUCAGGCAAUCAGUGGAUUCUUAGCAAGUUACUGGAUGAAGGAGGUGAUCUGAGAGUACAUGAUAAAGAUGGAAGAAGUCCUCAGGACUGGGCUAUGUCAGCUGCAACAGAAAGCAGUGCUCGGAUGCUGGAAUUUAUACAGCGUUGUACAUUCCACAUGCAGGCUGUCAUUCAGAAUUUCCCCUCUGAUCUCAGGAAGGUUGGCUCAUCAAAAGCACUGGUCUACAGUCCCUCUAGAUUCGGUAGCCUCGUUCAGGGAAAUGUUGACAGUCCUCUGGGUAGAUUUCUAAAAGGUGGAGCUAAUGCAGCCAAGAACAUUUACAGCUUUGGUUUUGGGAAGCUUUAUCUUGCAGGCAGUGGACAUCUAGGGUACCUGGCAUCUCUCCCUAUUAUUGGGGAAAAAGACGUGGUCCAGGCAGAUGAUGAGCCAACAUUUUCUUACCAUGUUGGACCGUACAUGAUCAUGACAAACUUAAUGUGGGGAAGCAGCAGAGUUACAGUGAAGGAACUCGGGUUUGAGCCCCAUCAGAACUGUAGUAAACUACGCUUAGCUGAUCUUCUCAUUGCAGAGCAGGAACGUAGUAGUGAACUCCGUCAUCCUCGUUUGCUACAGUUGAUGUCUGUUUGCCUGUCUAGUGACUUGGAGAAAACCCGUUUAGUAUAUGAAAGGGUUAACUUUGGUUCUCUAUACAGCAUUCUGCAUGAAAGGCGUACAGAAUUCCCGGUACUGCACACGGAGACGAUUUUACAUGUGCUGCUUCAAAUUAAUGACGCUUUGCGUUUUCUACACUCCCGUGGAUUUAUCCACCGUUCGGUUACCUCCUAUGCUGUUCAAAUCGUUUCUUCUGGUGAGGCAAAGCUGUGCAACUUGGAAUACAUGAUAGAGAGCAAAGAUGGUGGAGAACACAGUGAUCUGACACGUCUUCCUGUCCCAGUGCAGCUGUAUAAGUGGUGCUCUCCUGAAGUAAUCCUUGAAAAAGUUGUCACGGUCAAAUCGGAUAUCUAUAGCUUCUGUACAGUCAUGCAGGAGGCCUUGACAGAGACCCCUCCCUGGAAAGGUCUUGAAGACUUAGUUAUUAAACAGCUUGUAAUUCUGGGACAACAGUUAGAAGCAGAUGUCAGACUUCCUAUGCCCUAUUAUGGUAUCAUAAAGUCAGGACUAGAACCUAAACAGAAGAACCGCUCCUUGAAACUUCAGGAUAUUCAAUAUAUACUGAAAAAUGACUUAAAGGACUUAAUGAAGUCUCAGACUGGUCAUGCUGAUGAAAUGUUGAAAGCACAAAGAUCCCUUUGUUUUGAAGAUGUGAACAUUUGUUUGGCAUCAGCUUUUAGCUACCAGAAGAGAACACUGGAGUUGCAGGGAAAAGAGACAGCUGUGGUUGACAGCUCUAUUACCCCAAGACACUCUCCUCUUGCUAAGGAGAACAGUGCUUUAGUGGACCAGGAGGCAUCAACCAGUCUACAGCCAGUUGCACAGGACGAGAACUGUGAUGUAGCUGCUGAACCUCAAACGCCCCUCAGUGUCAGUGACGUGGACGACAGCCUCUGUAGCUUUGAAGUCAAUGAGUUCUUUGCCAGUUAUCCAGAACUUCACGAAGACUUCCUGGAAGAAGGAGAUGGAUUAGAUCCAACUCUAAAGCAUGAGAAAAGGCAGCAAAAGGAGGACGAUAAGGCUACCCUCGGAGAUCUGUCUGCGUCCCCUGGAGCACACCCUGAGGAAAAGCCAGGGUGUGAGGAAGGAGCCUUUUCAGAGUCAGGUACAGAGCACACUACAGAAGAGGAGAGCAGCAUUAGUGAGGCACAGGUGAGGGGAGAGGCUGGGAGAGGAACAAGUAGUUUGUCCCCAAGUGAGCAGUACAUCGUGAAAUGUGUCCUUGAGGUAAAGAUUAUACAAAGCAUGUUGCAGCAGGCAGCAGAUUCCCUGUGCAGAACAGAGGAGAAACUGCACAAAUUAGAGGCCGCUCAAAAGCAAAAAAACCUGCUCCAGAAAGUCAGAAUGAAUCAAUUUUCUAAGCAGGUUUCCCAAGAAAGACACUGGAACAGAUCUGAUGAUACUUCUCAGAAUACCAACAACCCUUUUUCUGGAGCUAACAGUUCUUUAUGGAAGGCUGUAGGUCCACCAUCAAGGGACUAUAUUCCACCAGUGAUAACAGAUCAGGCACAAGGAGCGUUGGGUGGAGACAGUUUCCAAGCUUUUUCAAAGACAGCAAAGGAAGUGGACGCAAUUCAAAUUGAAAAGUGGGAGUGCUUUCAUGAGAUGAGUAAGAGUGAAAAUGAAAACGACCCUGAUGAUCUCAGCUUCAGCGAGGUGGAAAGCCUGGAUGAUCAAACGAUCCUAGACCGUGAGCAUUUACUCCCACGUGUAUCUGUAAGAUGCAAACAAAAGUUCAACUUGCAGUGUCAGAGAGGAGGUGAUUCACAUUCUGCAGCAAGUGGAAGUGGAGAAGAGAGGUGGAGCUAUUUGAAAUCAAGAUCUGAAAUUUACAGUACAAAAAUAAGUGAGGAGAGAAGGAUGAUGCAAUCAGAAUGGAGGACUGAAGUAAAGCAAAUGGCCAGAAAAGUGGCCUCGGGACAACUAGAGCUCUGCUCUCCAUAUCCAGCCAGUGAAUGCACAUCUGAAAGUGAAGCCGAGAGUAUAAAGGAAGCCUUUCAACACGUCACUGUUCGGGUCCAAAAAAGUCAAGACGAACAAAGAUACAGGUGGCAGACAGGUGAUAAUGUUGCGUCUUGGGAUGUGGGCAAUGAGGAUAGAUCUCAGUUUGAGGAGAGUGACGUGGAGUCUGCAUUCACAAGUUCUGGAGGGAGAAGUUGCCAGUCACCGUCACAAGAUGAACAAGCAGAGUCUGGAAUAGCCUUUCAUAAGAAUGCAGUCCCUCCUCAACAAGUUGCAGAUCUCUCUAGAGGGCAUUCAAGGAAAUUACAUUGUUCCUUUAAUUUAUCUCCUGAUGUGUCUGAAGAAUUCUUGUCUCCUGAUCCUGGUUAUUUGCUUCCUCCUACUAAGGGAAGUUCAGAACUAGAGCUAAAAAUAAGAGAAAAGACAGGAACAAAGUCUGCGUCAAGAACUGUGGAUACCUCAGAGGCUGCGAGCAAACUAGAAGAUCCUUGUGGAGGACUUUUACAGAACCAGUUACCUGAAGAUGCAGUACUGGGUAUUCAGGUUUCAGGAGGAAAAAUACUACUCUGCAGCACAGCGGCGCAGAACUCUGGCAGUAACACGCUAGGAGUGAAUCAACUCAGCCAUAUGCCUGCAGCCAGUGUUGAAGCAGCGCAGGAAGAGAUACCCUGGGAGCCACAGGAAGAAUGCAAAGAAAAAGAUGUAUCAGUGACAGAUAUUCAGGAUUUGUCGAGUAUCCCCUGUGAGCAAGAGAACUACUGCAGGGAUAUAGAUUGUAAAACGCCCCGAGCGAGUCACAUGCCAGCGAGCUUCAGCACUCCACUCAGCUCAGAAGAAAAAAUUCCAAUAGCCUUUGAGAAAUACAGACACUACCAUGAAGUAGCUUCAGAUUCUUCCUUCUGCAGUUCUGAAGAGAUCUCCUCUUCAGUGUCCAGGACGUUCACUACAGCCUGUGAAGGGGAAAGGAGCACUGAAAUUCCCCUGGUUGCUUCAGGAGUUUGCCCACCUGAAUUAAAUGAGCCUGAUGGGUUGCCAGUAGUUGCUUCAUCCUUGAGAAGCACCAGGAAGCCAUCUGCACUCUUACGGGCAUCUAACCACUUCAGUGAUGAGCUGCCUCCACCAGCCCAAGAGCUGCUGGAUGAAAUUGAAUAUUUAAAGCAGCAAGAUUCCAUCAGUCAAGGCUUUGAAGAGAAGGGAUUGUCUGACUGUGGAGUGCAAAUAAAUGGUCCUGAUCAAAUUAAAAUGAAAGACAGAGAGUCAAAAAAGGAAUCUGAGAGUUAUGAGAAGAUAAAUCAUAGUUUAUGCAUUACGGAGUCAUUUAAUCUAGCAGAGGAAACGGAAAGGGCUCACUCUACUCUUGAUGAUAUUUUAGAAAGAAUGCUCCAUGAAGUUCCUGGAGAUGAGGAGAUCCAAGAGGAGCCUCAGGGACAUGCUCUCGGAGACGUGUCCUGAGGAGCAGAAAUCCCCUUAGAGGAACAGCUGCCUUUGCCAUUCAGGAUAAUUGUUCUGGAUCAGAGCUCUCCUCCGUGAUUAAAAUGGAUAGUGAGUAAAUUCUAAUACAUCACCUGCUUUCUGCUGUCUGUAUGCAGCUUGUGGAUUGCAGCCCUUGUUGGCCACGUAAACAAUGGUAAAGCUUGGACUUCUUUAACUGCUGCAGCGAGAACAGAAGAAAAUCUACUUUGUAACACAGUUUGUACUGGUUUUCCACCAUCCCUGCAUGUAAGGGCAGUAUCAAUAGUAUCUCUAAACUGUUUUCUGAGUGUAACACCCUCACCGAGCUGACUGUGUGGUGGGUUUUUUCUGCUCAUAGACUCACAAGCAAGAGAAUUUCUUGCUCUGUUGCAUUACACGGUUUUCAGCGUUACAGACAAAAUGAUUGUAAUUCAAUGGACUGCUGUUACCGCUCAGGCACUUACAUUUUUUCCAUGCUGGAGUGUGGAGCACUGUUGCAGCCCAUGUAGUCUAUGUUUUUCCUUGCUCAUUAAAUUUAACAAGGUAAUUUCUUGUUUUCUUUUUUCUUAGUGCUUUUGUGAUUUAGUGUUGAACUGAUUUGACUGAUUAAGGAGAUUAAUUGCUGUGCAAAAAGCUAAUGAGAAAAAGGCAGUGUUCUCCAGAGAUUGCAAGUGCAGCAGUAAAUUCCCUGCCAGUGUUAGACAAGGAUAUGAGAAAAAUCUGGUCGGUAUUACGAAGGUGCCUGUUGUUUAAUUACACCACACUUUUGGGAGCCCUCAUCAAAAAAAAAAAAAUAAUCCCUGGAUAUAAUUGAGUUUUGGAUUAGGAUUUUGAUGUGCACAGCAACUUCCUGUUUGACUUUUCUUCUGAGAAAUACUGUUCAGGUGCAGGAGGUGUGAGGAUUGUCCCUGUCCUGUUUUAGCAGACGCUGGGAUUUCAGCUGCCUGCACGUACCAUGUGUUGCUUUUUUGUUCCUGUUCACGUAGGGCAAUGCUGCCUGUCUGUAACUGUUAGUUAAUUUGGUUUAAUAAUACUAAUAAAAGUUU